ACGCUCACCGGCGGCCUGCUGAUGCUCAAGGACGAGUCGCUGCCCUCGUCGCGCAUCAUUCCCAACUUCAUCGAUCGGGACCCGCUGGACUUCAGGGGUAUCCUGGAGAAUGCGGGUGCCGUCAUGGCCCAACGACAGAUGCUCUGGGACAUGGGCAUGAUCUACCCGGGCUUGAAGCUGAAACUCGGCCCAACGGCCGGGGCUGUCGGCAUUUUGGAGUUCGUACUGGAUCCCUCCGCGCAAAACGACGAACGGUCGUUGUUCGAGGAAAAAUCAACAGCUCGCAUACUCACCAAAAGCUUCGUGGUGCCGUUUCUGUUGGGCUUAAAGUUCAAUCUGGCAACACUGCUACCGCUGGUGUUCGGUGGGCUGAUCCUGCUCAGCAAAAAGGCACUGAUCCUGGGGAAGAUUGCCCUCUUCCUGUCCGGCAUGUUCGGGUACGGGUCAUUCUUUGCGCCCUCCUUCGGUUUCGGAGGCUACGGCGGUGGCUUCGGUGGUGGCUUCGGUGGUGGCUUCGGUGGUGGUGGUGGCCAUCACGGAGGCUAUGGUUUCGGCUCGAAACCAUUCCGUUACAAUAACCCGUUCGCCGACAAUCCGGAUUUUGACAAUCACCACCACCAGCAUCACCAUGACGACCAUCAUCAUCAUCAGAGUGGGGACUACCACGGAGGGUCGUCGCCUUCGUUGGACUCGGACCAAACCAGCGGCGGGUACUACAAGAAGAAGGACAAAUUUCUCAACCUGGACGAACGCAUCCAACCGCAGGCCUCGUCGAUGGUGGACAAGUUCUACGACUACGAGAAGCAGCAGAUGCUGAAGGAUCGGACGGCUCGGCUGUUUGAGCGGAAGUUCUACGAGAAGGAGCAGCAGGCCGGUCCUGGAGGCGGACCCGCUGCAGGGUAUUCCUUCGUGACGGCGGAGCAUAGCACCGAGCGGAACGAGCGAAUGCUGCCGGAUGGUGGGGCGCUAGGCGGGAACAUGGCUGGCAGAAACUUUGCAUGGAGUAGUGACCAAUAG